AAUGCCUUCACCGCGUCGAUCCAGCCAUGAAUACUCUACCACCACCAGUGCCACCACAAAACAAACACAGCCUUUACUAAUGCUUUUACCUACCGACUGGGCGUCUUUCCUGACCGUCAUGGCCGAUACUCUCCGCCUCGCGCCAGAAUCUCUCUCAAUGGCAUACGUCUACCUUCACCGCUAUAAUCGCUGGGCAUCGGAAGAAUCUUGUUCGCCGCUGGACGAUCACACACUGUGCCUCGCCUCCCUCUCCCUCUCCACAAAAGCCACUGAAUCGCCCAGAAGACUUCGUGAGCUUCUUGUACCAGCAUAUGCUCAUCUCCACCCAUCUUCGCCGCCGCUGACUUUUCCCUCGCCCUUGUACGACUCGCUCAGGUCAACGGUUGUGGCUGCGGAGUUGCUGCUGCUUCGCGUACUGCGAUUCGACUUGCGUGUUCCGUUGCCCUAUGACUUUCUACCGAGGUUUCUUGAGAAGGUUUUACCUCCGGUAGCGACCCCCGGAGAGGAGGAGUGCGCGGAGACCAAGAUUGUGGAUAUCUGUGAGACGGCACUCGGGAGGGAGGUUUGGAGUGUUGUUGGAAGGGUUAUGACAAGCUAUAAGAUUUGUAACUUCUUUCCCGCUCGGAGUGUUGCGGCGGCUUGUUUGUUUCAUGUGGCUUUGAAACGAGGGCUGAGGAUCGGGGAUGGUUCGGUGAAGGAGUGGGUGAAGAGGUUGACUGGGGGGAAAGUUGAACAUGAGGAUUUUGUGGAAGCUUUGGAGGAGAUUGACAAUUUGUGCGGUGCAAGUUCUCAGGUCCGGCAUCAGGCCGGGAGGGAGACUUUACGAGUUGGGUGAUUGCUUUGAAUCACAGUUAA